AUGGCUUCCAAGACAGGACUUCCCUCUCCAGAGAAGAAAAUUGAACUCUUCUCAGGAACCUAUUUCGCGGCAUGCACAAUGGGUGGUAUCAUUGCUUGCGGACCAACCCACACAGCCGUCACCCCUCUCGAUCUCGUAAAAUGCCGCCGUCAAGUCGAUUCCAACCUCUACAAAUCCAAUAUUCAAGCAUGGAGAACCAUUUUCAAACAAGAAGGACUCCGCGGAGUCUUCACCGGCUGGUCCCCAACAUUCAUUGGCUACUCCUUCCAAGGAGCAGGCAAAUACGGCGCAUACGAGGCAUUCAAAUACUACUACGGCGAGAAACUUUUCCCCAACACCCCCAAAACUCUCGUCUUCCUCGGAGCCUCCGCCAGCGCAGAAUUCAUCGCCGAUCUCUUCCUCUGUCCCUUCGAAGCCCUCAAAGUUCGCAUGCAAACAACCGUGCCACCUUAUGCGAAAACUCUCCGUGAGGGCUGGAGCAAGACUGUGAAAAAUGAAGGUUUUGGCGGGCUGUACAAAGGAUUGUAUCCUCUGUGGGCACGUCAGAUUCCAUAUACCAUGGUCAAGUUCGCGACGUUCGAGACUGCUGUGAAUGCGAUUUACGCGCAAUUGGGUAAGCCCAAGGAGGCUUUCAACACGCUGCAACAAACUGGUGUUUCUUUCUUGGGGGGUUACAUCGCGGGUGUGGGAUGUGCUGUAGUGAGCCAUCCGGCAGAUGUCAUGGUUUCGAAGUUGAAUUCGGAUAGAAAAGCUGGAGAGGGUGCUGGUCAAGCCGUGAGCAGAAUCUACAGAAACAUCGGGUUCAAAGGCCUCUGGAACGGACUUCCAGUCAGAAUCCUGAUGAUCGGAACUCUGACUGCCUUCCAAUGGUUGAUUUACGACAGCUUCAAGGUUCAGCUCGGACUGCCAACUACAGGAGGUCACUAA